GUCUCUGUUUCAUAAUAGACAAAAAAACAAAAAAUUUAGAAAUAUUUGGAUUUACACCUCUGGAUGAUAAUUAAUAAAGCAUUAUUUUACUUUAACAGAACAGAAUUGAUGAAAAUAUGUUUUUAAUUAAAUAGACUAUUGCUUCCUAUUUCGUGUCAAGACCCUUUUGCGGUAAUUAGGUAACUGUUAAACCAUGAAAGUAGAGGUACAAUAAUAUAUAUUAUACAAUCACCGUCCGCGUCGCCCAAUCAAGGCUCUAGCCGCUUAUCCAGUUAGGGUGAGGCCAAAUGAGCGUAAUUUUGUGAGUUGUCAGUCGCGUAAUUUCGGUCGCAGAAAUUCGCGUCUAAGUCGGAACACAACUCAUUUUGCGACGCUGUGUGGCAGGAACUGGAGGCUUAUUCACUUUAUUUGACGUAUAGCUAGUUGACAUAUACGAAAACUAGCUGACGCGCGGUUUCACCCGCGUGGUUCCCGUUCCUGUGGGAAUACAGGGAUAAUAUAUAGCCUAUAGCCUUCCUCGAUAAAUGGGCAAUGAAAGAAUUUUUCAAAUCGGAUCAGUAGUUCCAGAGAUUAGCGCGUUCAAUCAAUCAAACAAACAAACAAACUCUUCAGCUUUAUAAUAUUAGUAUAGAUAAAAUUAUAUGUAACAACUACCAUCCGGUGCAUACUGGUGGAUAUCUUAAAUAUGUUGGUAGAUGACAUUUUGUUAAUUGAUUUAUUGUUUAUUUUAAUAGGUUGAUAUUAAGGACCAAAAUAGUGAAUAGGCCAGCUGGACUUUUGUAUGAAACCGAAUGCAGCAGAAAUUACGCGACUGACAACUCACAAAAUUACGCUCGUUUGUCCUCACCCUUAAUAUCUUACCUUAGUUGACAACAAAAUCAGCCUACCGUAUUAAUUCUCUCAGUCGGGCACGAUCUACGGAUUGCAUCGCAUGUGACCUCGAUGGAAAGAACUGUGUAAUACUGAAUGCAGUAAAUAAUCUAAAUAAGUUUCGUUAAAUUCGUAAUUUAUUACAAGCGGCGGUUAUGGACGGCUUGGAAGAUUUUCUGCCCCAAUGCAGGGAAACUUCGUUGGUGUUUUUUGUUAACGGGAAAAAGGUGACAGAGCCGUCACCAGAUCCUGAAUGGACGCUACUGUGGUACCUGCGCAGAAAGCUGCAGCUGACUGGCACCAAGUAUGGCUGCGGCGAAGGCGGUUGUGGCGCCUGCACUGUCAUGAUCUCACGUUAUUACCAAGUGGAGAAGCGUGUGAAACACAUAGCGGUAAAUGCAUGCUUGAUGCCACUAUGCGCACUGCACGGUUUAGCUGUAACUACGGUUGAAGGUAUCGGUAACACGCAAGACAGAUUACACCCUGUGCAGGAGAGAAUAGCUAAAGCCCACGGUUCACAAUGUGGGUUCUGCACCCCAGGCAUUGUCAUGUCGAUGUACGCUUUGCUUAGAAAUAAAUCCAACAUUAAAUAUGAUGACAUCGAAACAGCGUUACAAGGAAAUUUGUGCAGAUGUACUGGAUAUAGACCUAUUGUCGAAGGGUUUAAAACGUUUAUGGAAGCAUGGGAAGGCGUUAAUAAUGUGAAUGAGCCAAAUAAACCUUGCUCAAUGGGCAAUGACUGCUGUCGAGUGUCAAAGAAAGACGAUGAGGAACUAUAUAGCAAAUCAAAAUUCAUGCCAUACUCUCCAACUCAAGAACCAAUAUUUCCUCCUGAAUUGGUUUUAAAACAUGAUAGUUAUGCGAAGAGCUUUUUGUAUUAUAGAGGUAAAAACGUUAUGUGGGUGCGACCACAAACGCUUGAAGAACUACUGUUACUUAAAAACAAGUUUCCGGAAGCUAAAAUUGUUGUUGGUAAUACAGAAAUUGGAGUGGAGGUAAAAAUUAAAAAGAAAAUCUAUCCAAUAUUAAUCCAUCCAUUUCUUAUAGGAGAAAUGAAUGUAAUAACUGUUGCCGACGGAUUUGUUAGAGUUGGAGCUGCUGUAACUUUGUCAGAAUUAGAAGAGUUUUUAAAAUUAUAUAGUGAAAAGUGUUCUAGUGCCGCAUCACAAGUUUUAGAAGCCAUCAUAGAUAUGUUGCAUUGGUUUGCAGGAAGUCAAGUUCGUAAUGUUGCCUCUCUUGUUGGAAAUAUCAUGACAGCUAGUCCAAUAUCAGAUUUAAAUCCUAUAUUGAUGGCUUCCGCUUCCACACUUACUCUUUCUAGCCUAGACAAAGGAAUCCGAAAAACGGUAAUAGAUCAAUCAUUUUUCACUAGUUAUAGGAAAGUAAACGUGACAGAUAAUGAAGUUGUUUUAGCUGUGGACAUUCCUUUAAUAGAAGGUAUGCAGUUUUUUAAAGCUUACAAACAAGCUAGGAGGAAAGAUGAUGAUAUAUCUAUCGUUACAGCCGCUUUCAGUGUUAAAUUAGAUAGAAAUACCCAAUUGGUUAACGAAGCAAAAUUAUGUUAUGGUGGAAUGGGACCAACAACAAUAUAUGCUGAGAAAUCUUCUAAUAAAAUGAAAGGCCUUUAUUGGGAUAAACAUCUAAUUAAAAUAGUAUUUGAUUCACUCACUGAUGAAUUACAGUUAGAUAGUUCUGUGCCAGGAGGAAUGGCCGACUACCGUAAAUCACUUUGUCUAAGCUUAUUUUUUAAAUUCUAUAUUUACGUUUUGAAUAAAAUAAAAACAAAUGGGGUAAAACUUGUUGAUGAUUUUGAGUUAUACGAAAUAUCGCACCGUACACCAAAUAGUACGCAAUGUUUUGAAAUUAAAAAGAAUGUUAAAAGCAAUUAUGAUACAAUCGGAAAGCCAAUUGUCCAUGCAUCUGCGUUAAAACAUGCCACUGGCGAAGCCAUAUAUUGCGAUGAUAUUCCAAUUUUACAUGAAGAACUAUUUCUUUGUUUAGUAUUUAGCACAGAAUCACAUGCACGAAUAACAUCUCUUGAUCCAAGUGAAGCUUUAAUAGACCCCGAUGUCAUAGCGUUUUUAUCAGCAUCUGACUUAACCAAAGAACAAAAUAAAAUGGGUCCUAUAUUAAAAGAUGAAGAAGUUUUUGCUAGUGAGAUUGUGACUAGCCGAGCUUGUGUAAUAGGAGCAAUAGUUGCUAAGUCUGAAACUGCAGCAAGAACAGCAAAAGAUCUAGUUAAAGUUGCUUAUGAAAAAUUGCAACCUCUAAUUAUAACUAUUGAAGAUGCCAUCACUUAUGGCUCUUUUUAUUCCGGCUAUCCAAAUUUAUUACAAAAAGGAAAUAUUGUCAAAGCAUUUGAAGUAGCAAAUUAUGUCAAGGAAGGUUAUAUAAGAACUGGAGCGCAAGAACACUUUUACUUAGAAACUAUGUCAGCUUUUGCUAUGAGAAAAGAAGAUGAAUUAGAAAUUAUUUGUACAACUCAAAAUCCGGCUGAAAUUGCUAUGCAAGUGGCAGAAGUACUCGAAAUACCAAAUCACAAAGUUGUAGCAAAGGUAAAAAGAUUGGGUGGUGGAUUUGGUGGAAAAGAAAGCAGAUCAGCACUCUUAGCUUUACCGGUAGCUUUUGCAGCUUAUAAAUUAAAAAAGCCAGUACGCGCGGUAUUGGAUAGAGAUGAAGACAUGCAAGUCACCGGUUACAGGCAUCCUUUUUUAAUUAAAUACAAGAUUGGAUUUGAUAAUAAUGGUAAAAUAAUGGGUGCUUUAUUCGAGAUUUACGCAAAUGCUGGUAACUCCAUGGACAUAUCAAAUUCGAUGAUUGAAAGAGCCUCAUUACAUGUAGAUAAUUGUUAUUACAUACCCAAUGUACAAAUUAAGGCAUACCUUUGUAAAACAAAUUUGCCAUCAAAUACUGCCUUUAGAGGAUUUGGUGCACCACAAGCAAUGUUGGCUGCUGAAGCUGUAAUACGCGAUAUAGCGAAUACAUUAGGCAAAAGUUACGAAGAAAUUGCAACCCUUAAUCUUUACAAAGAAGGAGAUUUAACACAUUACAAUCAAAGUCUACAAUACUGCACAUUAUCUCGAUGCUGGCAUGAAUGUAUUGAUAGUUCGAAAUAUUGGCAAAGAAAAAAAAUGGUUGAUGAAUAUAACAGGGCAAAUCGUUGGAAAAAGAAAGGGCUGGCUAUAGUACCGACGAAAUAUGGAAUUUCUUUUCAAACCGAUGUAUUGAUGCAAGGUGGAGCGUUGUUGUUGAUAUACACAGAUGGUUCUGUUCUUUUAUCUAUCGGUGGAAUAGAAAUGGGUCAAGGACUAUUCACAAAAAUGAUCCAAGUAGCAUCUCGGGCUCUAAACAUAGAUAUAUCAAAAGUGCAUAUCAAUGAAAUGUCAACUGACAAAGUCCCAAAUAGUGUGCCAACAGCUGCAAGUGUUAGUUCUGACUUAUAUGGAAUGGCUGUUAUAAAUGCUUGCAACGUUCUGAAUGAGAGAUUGGAACCUUACAAAAUACAAAAGCCUGAUGGGAAAUGGGAAGAUUGGGUGUCUGCUGCAUAUUUAGACAGGGUUAGCCUAUCAGCCACUGGAUUUUACUCGGCCCCAAAAAUUGAGUACUGCCGUAAAAAAAAUAGUGGCAAUUUAUUUGAAUACUUUACGUACGGCGCAGCUUGCUCCGAAGUUAUUAUAGAUUGUUUAACAGGUGACCAUCAAGUACUGAGGACAGAUAUUGUAAUGGACUUGGGGGAGAGUUUGAAUCCUGCUAUAGAUAUUGGGCAAAUAGAAGGAGCAUUUAUUCAAGGUUACGGAUUAUGCACUAUGGAAGAGAUGUUAUUUUCUCCAACCGGCGAAGUAUUGUCAAGAGGGCCAGGAGCUUACAAGAUACCUGGACUUUCAGAUAUUCCCAAGGAAUUUAAUGUCUCACUGUUGAAAGGUGCUCCGAAUCCACGCGCUGUCUACUCUUCCAAGGCUGUUGGGGAACCCCCUCUAUUCCUGGCUUCUUCAGUUUUCUUCGCAAUCAAGGAAGCUAUUAAAUCUGCACGCAACGAUGCCGGCUUUGCCACGGACUUCACAUUGGAGGUGCCUGCUACAUGUGCACGCAUUAGAAUGGCUUGUGAGGACCACAUCACAGAGCAAGUUAAACCAACUAUUAAAUCUAAAGGACAACCAUGGAAUGUAGUGCCUUGAUUUAAACGAAAAAAGUUAUCAAUAAAAAACUUGUAAGAGAAGUAGUACCUAUAGUAACAAUUAAAGGCUUUUAAUUAAUUAAA